GAUUUAGGGCUCUUCCUGUCUGUCUUUACUCUCUCUCUUUCUCUCUCUCAAACCUAAUAUUUGAAUAUAGUGCAGUGCAGGGCAGUGGACAGGUUUUGGGACAUGAUGGCAGCUCGCAGUUUUGGGAUAUUCUUUGGAGUUGUAACUGUUCUCGGGACUUUAAUGGUUCAGGUGCAGUGUAAUGAGGAGACGCAUCUGAUCAGCAACUUGUUCAAAGGCUACAACAAGAAUAUUCGCCCAGUGGUUCAUCCUGAAGACAAGGUGGAGGUUCAGAUCAAGCUGACCCUAACUAACCUUAUCUCUCUGAAUGAAAAGGAGGAGACUCUAACGACCAAUGUGUGGAUUGAGAUUCAAUGGACUGAUUAUCGUCUUGUGUGGAACACAUCUGACUAUUAUGGCAUUGAUGUUAUUCGUGUCCCAUACAGCACUGUUUGGCUUCCUGACAUUGUCCUUGAGAACAACAUUGAUGGCAAGUUUGAUGUGGCUUACUAUGCCAAUGUGUUGAUCAGCAACACUGGUUGGAUGUACUGGCUGCCUCCUGCUAUCUAUCGCAGCACAUGUGCCAUUGAGAUCACCUACUUCCCAUUUGAUUAUCAAAACUGCACGCUAGCAUUCAGAUCCCAGACGUACAGUGCCAAUGAAGUGGACCUCAUCUUGGCUGUUAAUGAAGCAGGCGAUACUAUUGAGUGGGUGGACAUCGACCCUGAGGCUUUCACAGAAAAUGGCGAGUGGGCAAUUGUACAUCGUCCAGCCAGAAAGAUGAUCAACACACGGUAUUCUCCAGAUGACCUUGAAUAUCAGGAGAUCACAUUCAAUCUGGUCAUCCAAAGGAAGCCCCUCUUCUACAUCAUCAACAUCAUCCUGCCUUGCUCCCUUAUCUCCUCACUGGUUGUUCUAGCUUACUUCCUACCUGCACAAGCUGGGGGACAAAAGUUGACUGUGUCCAUCUCUGUCUUGCUGGCUCAGACUGUCUUCCUCUUUCUUAUUGCUCAAAAGAUCCCUGAGACAUCUCUUUCUGUCCCUCUCAUUGGCAAGUACCUGAUCUUUGUUAUGUGUGUCACUACGCUCAUUGCUACAAAUCAAAUUGUGGUACUGAACUUCUCCCUGCGCAGUCCCAACACUCAUACCAUGUCUCAUACAAUCAAACAUGUGUUCCUGGAAAUGGUACCUCGCUUCCUAGGUAUGUCCCCACUGGUGGAUGACAGUGAGGUGACAACAGCGGUAAAUGGAGUAAGGGAGCGGCGGCGCAGCUCCUUUGGCCUCAUGCAGAGAGCAGAGGAAUAUGUACUGAAACAACCUCGCAGUGAAAUGAUGUUUGACAAACAGAGAGAGAGGCAUGGUCUCACGCAAUCGAUUGUGGAUAAUAUAGAUGUCAGCAGCACAGCCAACCUGUAUAAGAGUCUGGCCCAAGCUGCACCUGAGAUCAAGCAAUGCGUGGAUGCCUGCAACUUCAUUGCUGAGAGUACAAGACAACAGAAUAGCAUUGGAUCUGAAAUUGAAAGCUGGGUACUGAUUGGGAAGAUGAUUGACAAAGUGUGUUUCUGGGCUGCCAUCCUCCUCUUCAUCUUCGGCACAGUGGGGAUCUUCUUAACAGGACACUUCAACCGGGCACCUGAAUUUCCAUUUCCUGGGCAGACCAAAAAAUAUAUUCCUAGUUAAAACAAAGCAAAAAAACCAAAAACUUUUCUCUGAUGGGUCAGAUGGGUCACUGUGCCUCAUGCUGUCUAUAAGGCUGAGCGCUCUUGCUCAUUGAGUCCCAGGUUCAGAUUCAGGAUCAAGUUAGCAGGGCUUUAAUAACAGAGAUUUAACAACAGAUCUGUCUGUGUUCAUAUUCACAGCUCUGACUUCUCUUUGUGAACACUUGCACACAGGCAGCUGAGGGGUUUCCUUCAAACUAGCAUCUCAGUUCUCCAUCUUAGUGUAAGUUCUUCAGAUGUAUACUUUAAAUGGGUGCAUUUGGAUCCUUUAUCAUCCUCAUCAUCAUCCUUAAAAAUACCAAGUAUAAUUAUUACUUGUCUAUUUUGUGGUAUAAAAACAGUCCAAUUCACCACCAUGCUGAGAAAGUUAUUUCUGCUGUAAAAUCAAAUCAAAACUGCUAUGGUUGUUAGCUAGUUUUAAACUGAUUUUAUCUACAUGUGGUGUGCGAACGUUGCCACUCGUUCAAUACAUAACUUCAUAACAUAUCUGCUAAAGUCUGGUUAAGUUCCCUCUGCAUGUACAAUGUCUUAUGUGAAGAACCUGUGCAUGUAACUUAAGCCAGCCAACUCUGAAUCAAAGCCUUAUUCUUCUUACUAUGACCUAUUUAUUAGAAAGUAUUGUUAGAGGUAGAUGAUUCAGGAGGAUAUUGUCUUGAUUCAUUGUGCCAUGUUUUUUAAAUAAAUAUUUUAUUUUGUGCAUCGUGA